GUUGACUUUCAGUUCAAUAAAUACAUCGAUCUUAUGGCCCUGUGUGUUAGUUCCAUUCGAGUUCAAUGUCACGUUUGACUGAUCAAGAGUAUCACUAUAGGCAGUUCAGUGAGCAGUGAGUGUUUUGAUUUUUGCUUGCUUUUUUUUUCUUUCACUCUUUCGGGCACAGUAAUGUAACGUCUAAUUAAACAGUCUAAUAACAUUGUUCAAUUCUGCAGAGACCCUCGAAAUAAACGCUUCUCGAGACCCUCGCAAUAUAGGCUUUUCUUUACAUUAAACGGCCCUACAAAAGCGCAUUGGACAAGAAAACAAAUUUUUGUUGUGAAAAUGCUAUCUUGUUUGCAAACCGAAUAAACAGCUCCCGUUACUGGUUGGAUUUUUCCAGUCAAAACCCUGUGGUUCACCAAAGAAGUUGUUUUACUUGCUCUUUUGCAAGUCGUUUCAUUGAUGUCUUGUAUGCUUGGAGGAAGGAAUCUGCAGGUCUCUCAGUGUAGUGCUCACCAGGUUCCUCUGUUAUGCAGGACUGUUAUUACGUCAUAUUUGACAACUCCAGAUCAAGGUGAAGACACGUCAGAAGGAAUUUGCUAACUGAGGAGAGCGUUCACGGGAAACCCCUGCGUUUGGAGGAAAACUUACGAACACUUUGGAAACCAUCAUGGCGAACAACACGUCAGAGCCGCUGUCUCACCUCAUGAUGCGCUACCCCUCCAGAACCGCCAUCUUGGAAGAGUUUUCUCCCGUUGGUCCUAUGGCAGAGCGUAUCGUUCCUCCGUUCUGGUACUUCAUCGGCUUCAUCGGAAAUCCAAUCUCGGCAACCAUCUGGUUAGGCCAGCGUAUGCGCAGGAACAACUCAUCCGCCAUUUACUUAGGUGCAUUGUCCAUCUCCGAUAUGCUGUUCCUGUUCCUUCACCUUCUCCAUAUUCUGCAUGUAGCUUGGGGACACGACUUGUACAACGCCCCGACUAGCUGUGAAAUAUAUCACUUUCUCUUCUAUGUUCCUCAAUACUUGUCCACUUUUCUCGUUCUUGGCUUCACGGCAGAGCGCUACGUGGCUGUGUGCCACCCGUUCAUGAAAGAGAAGUGGUGCACAGUACGACGAGCUAUCGUCAUCGUUUUUAUUCUCAUCGUGUUUUCCAUGGCGCUUGCGUCUGCCCAGGCGUAUAUCUGGACAUACAGCGAGCACGAGGGAACCUGUAACAUUCGCCCCGAGGCUGCAGAAGGAAAUGCAUGGAGUUUCUGGAACAUUUGGAGCUGGGCUACGGACGUCUUUGCGUUUGGUCUCGUUCCACUGGUCGUGCUUGUCUUCAACAUUCUCGUGUUGCGAGAAAUCUUCAAGAUCUCCCGAAACGACCUCGUCAAGCGACAACAGAGUCGGAGCGGGAACAGCACGGCCUCCACUUUCACGCUCCUCGCUGUUUCUUUCUAUCUCAUCGUCACACAGGUGAGCGCAACACUUGUCGGUUGCCUGCAACAGGCGUUCCCCAACGGGAAUCCCUUAAUGACAGAUGAAGAAAUUCGCAACGAUUCCACUUGGUCGAACUUGUUCACAUACCUUGAAGUGCGAAAAGUCAUAGAAGUGAUUUGUCUUUCGCAUUACGCGUGUUACUUUUUCAUCUACUGCUUGACUGGUAAACAUUUCCGGAAAGAAGUAAUGUUCUUGUUGACAUUUCAUGGUCGGCUGCCCUUUCUUACAGCGCUGGUCUCGAAAAGGCGAGGCAAGGAGCGGUAUUCAAUGGUGUCCACAAAUGGGGGGCUUAUGUCAGAGACCUAUACGACGAACGCGUCUACGGCAAUAUGAAGAACACAAUCGUCACGACAACUCUCCGGCCAUCUCGCCGGGAGAGGAACACGAGAACCGAGACUGGCCUGAGAUCACUAGUCCUGACGUUGCCACUGCACCCCGAUUUACUUUUGGAUCGUCUGCGGAUACGUCUAUGCUAUGGAAUAAAAGGCAAUCGACGCUGGUCAACGAGACAGAGCAAGUCGUGGAAGACACAGAAGACCCCAAGGUGUGGCAUGUUGAGAGCAUGUACGUCACAACUGUUUAAAUACAUUGCCCUCUUAAAGGAAUCGAUAUGCAGUGAAUGUGAGUCCUGUCGAGCUUGAAUAAAUCGCUGUCCAAAACGUCAGCUCUACUUCUCAAGCUUGACUGCAUUAUUCAUAGUACAAAAAGACUGUAACAAGGAUGACAGCUGUGUAUUUUUUUCUACAAUUCGUUGAAACAAAACCUGGAUUGGUUAUUAUCGUAAGUUUUCUGAUCAUAUUGAUCGUAACACCAAGCAUAAUCUAGCUACUAGCUAAAAUGUGCUUCUUCAAGACGUUCUUAAGUAAAGAUAACUUUCUCAAUGUUGGAAUGAUAAGACGACCAGUAUUGCUGCUUAGCACUUGUUCAUAAAUUAAUUGCAAAAUCCUUUGCAGUUAUUCACAGUAGGCCUGGAAUUCUUCAUGGAAUAUGUUGGAUACACUCUAUGGAUUUGAAGAAUGUGAUAUGAAGUACACUUGUUUUUAGUGUACAUGCCUAACAGUUCGGUUAACAAAAUCAAGGAAAAGGUGUAAAUGUCUGCUGCUCUUACUGGCAGACCUCUGACAUCGGCGUUAUGCUGCUGGCCAACAUACGUUUGAUAUCUCAGCAAACUGGUCCCUGUUACUGACAACAUAAACUGAAAGCUGGACUUGUCUAGCCCCAACCCUUCGUCCUUCAACCUUCAGUUUAAGUAAUAUUGUGAGAGUUUGUACCCUACGGCCCUCACACAAACACACACACACACACACACACACACACACACACAUACACACACACACACGCACUCACAC